AUGCCAGCUACCAAUUUGAAAAACAUUGUUCAUGAGUUAGAUACCGGCUAUGGAUUAAUGAGUUUAACCUGGAGAGCUGAGCCUGUCCCUCAGUCGCAGGCUUUCGAAGCGAUGUACAGAUCUGUUGAAUUGGCCAAAGAACGGGGGCACAAGGCUUUCUUUAAUGUUGGUGAGUUUUACGGCCCGGAUUUCAUUAACUUGACGUACGUUCACGAUUUCUUUUUGAAGUAUCCGGAGUUGAGAGAGCAUGUAGUUAUAAGUUGCAAAGGUGGUGUAGACAUUGCCACGUUAACUCCCAAAGGCAGUCACGAUGACGUCAUUCAAAGUGUGAAGAAUUCAGUGAGCGCUAUCGGCGGCUAUAUCGACAUCUUCGAAGUUGCAAGAAUCGACACUUCUCUAUGUACCAAAGGGGAGGUCUACCCAUACGAAUCGUUUGAAGCUCUUGCCGAAAUGAUAUCCGAAGGCGUUAUUGGUGGUAUCUCAUUGAGUGAGGUCAACGAAGAACAAAUCAGAGCUAUCAACAAGGACUGGAGCAAGUUUUUGACUUGCGUCGAAGUCGAACUUUCUUUGUUCAGUACAGACAUUUUCCAAAACGGAAUUGCCAGAACAUGUGCAGAAUUAGGGUUGACUAUUAUCUGUUACUCUCCCCUGGGCAGAGGGUUACUAACUGGCCAACUGAAGUCCAACGCUGACAUUCCAGAGGGUGACUUUAGAAAGACUCUGAAAAGAUUUAGCGAUGAGUCUUUAAAGAAAAAUCUGACAUUGGUUAAAUUCCUGCAGGAAGAAAUUGUCGACAGGCGCCCCCCAAAUAAUUCCAUUACUCUUGCUCAGUUAGCUUUGGGAUGGAUCAAACAUUGGAACAAAGUCCCAGAAUACAAAGGCGCCAAAUUUAUUCCAAUUCCAAGUGGUUCUUCUAUUUCUAAGGUCAAUGAGAAUUUUGAAGAAAAGAAAACCAAACUUACCGACCAAGAAUUCAGUGCCAUCAACAAAUACUUGGCUACUUUCCGGACUGUUGGAGAUAGAUACGAAAUGGUGUGA